UAGAACAAGCCUAAUAAUACCUUAUGUCACUGCUCAGAUUCUGAAAGAGAAGCACUUUGAAUUUUUCAGAUUCCUUACUCAUGGCAAGUAUUUCUGCACUGUAUACGUAACUUUGAGACUUCAGAUUCCAUUGAAGUUCUAGGUCACCACCUUCAGGUUCCAUCUCAGUAUCUGUGUUUUCAUUAGCUUGCAAAAAUGGCAUUCUUCCGGACAUUUUGGAAUAGUCCCAUUGGUCCUAAAACAACUCAUUUUUGGGGUCCUGUCUUCAACUGGAGCCUCCCAAUUGCAGCCUUUGUGGACACAAAGAAACCCCCAGAAAUGAUAUCUGGCAACAUGACUGCAGUGAUGUGUGUGUAUUCUGCAAUGUUCAUGAGAUUUGCUUGGAUGGUGCAGCCUCGGAACUUGCAUCUUCUUGUGUGCCAUGUCUCCAAUGAAACGGUACAGCUUUAUCAGCUUUCACGUUGGAUAAAGGCUAGAAGAUGCUUGCUGCAGGAGAAAGAGGAAGAAGCUAAAGGACAGUGAUCCAAAGUUUAUCUGUUGUAAUUCUUACAAUCUUUUCCACUUAUUCUAAUAAUGUAAAGUUAUGCUGCUUCUUUUUUUUUUUUUUUU